AUUCGUGCUCGAGUCGUUCGUGCGGCACGGUUCGCUACUGUCACACGUGAAUGUAAAUCUGCUUUCAUUUCCUUAUAAAGUAAUCUCGUAAUUGAAAAGAUCAAAAGCAGAAACAUGGUUCGCGUUGUGACUCAAGAUACCUACAACGAGGUUGUAAAAGAAAACAUUGAAGAGUUUUCAAUGUCUCCGGAAGAAGCUGUUGCUGAAGCUGUCAAGGAAUUUGAAGCACAGGGAGUAGAUUUGAGCAAUAUUAUUAAAGAUAUGGCAUUAUGUGAUGAUUCGGAUAUCACAUCUUGCCUUGAGAAGCUCAGUACUUGUUUAAGAGAAAAAAAAUAUGAUUCAGCUCAUUCACAACUGGAGAAAUUGAAGAAUGAAUUAGAUAAAGAUAUGGCUCGUAGAAUAUACGCAGCGAAACACAAUGCCUAUUCCAUCUUGACCGAUGUCAUAAAGGAAUGCAAAAAUGACACUUGUGUGAUAAGGCCUGCGCUAAAAACAAUAACUUCACUAAUGACUGGACAUCCAGAUUUACUAGAUGAAAAGGGAGUUUCUCUCCAAAUGGACAUUUUGGACACAAUAGACGAUUCUGAAACUUUGCGAUGCUUACUCAAAUGGAUAAGGGAGUGUUGCAUAAAACACGAAAUCAACAGACAGAAUAUAUUCAAUGCCAAAGUUUUUGAUAAAUUGCAAGUAAUACUCAUGAGCGAAAAAUUAACCGAAUCUGAAGUGAGAGAUGUUUGUGGAGUGCUCAGAGCUUUGGUUUUGGAUGACGAUGUCAGACACGAAUUUGGAAAAGCUCACGAGCAUGCAAGUGUUAUCGCUAGAGGUGCUCUCGACGUUUUAACUGGAUUGUUACCAAGAUUUAGGAAUGAUAAAGGAGUUACUGGUGAUAUAAUGCUAACUUUAGCAUGUUUAAUCGUAAGAAAUGAAUUUUGCCAAGAUGUGGAAGACGCUGGUGGAUUAAAAUUCCUUUUGGAUGUGAUGAUUGAUCAUCCUGAUGUGGAAAAGCUCAACUGGCAAGCUCUAAAACUGCUUAAAGCUCUUGCUGGAAAUGACAAUGUCAAGGCGCAUAUUGUUACUUCUGGAAGUGCUCCACUAAUAGUUUCAGUAAUCGCGAGGCUCAGGAAUUCAGAAACAGUCGUAACUGCAGGAUUAGCUUGUAUAUCAGCCUUGUCACUGAGAAGUCCUUCGAAUGGUGGAGUAUUUUUUGACUGUGGAGCCCCAAUGGUAAUUGUUGAUGCCAUGAAAGCUUAUCCCCAAAGUGUCAGUGUUAUUCAGCAAGGAUCCUGGGCCAUCAGAAACAUGUCUGUCAGGAAUUCCAUGGAAUCAAAGGAAUUUAUUGUUCACGGGAUCGAAGACAUUCUGAGGAAUGCUCUCGUCGCGCACGGUGAAAUUUUGGAAAAUGAUGUCAAAGCAGCCCUGCGUGAUUUGGGAUUGAGAGUGGAUUUGAAGGAAAGAUGGACUGGGAAGGGGAAAGCAAUGACUAAUGAUCUCGACUGAAGACUGAAAGAAUUUCAAAUUAAUUUGAAUUUCCAGGAGAGAUUUCAUGUGGCUUUGAACAAAUUAUAUUUCAAAAAAGAAACGAAUCUUUGGGAAAAGAAAGGUUCGAUUUUUCAAUUAAGCUUUCUCGUUUAUCGAACAGAUAUGCUUUUUCUCAGUGAAAGAGAAUAAAUAUUUAGUAGAGCUUGUGCAAAAGAAGUAGCAGUAAGUAAAAAAGCACAUUAAUUAUUUUCAUAAAUUCAGACUACUUAAUGUAGUUUCAGAGAUUGAAAAGACAUAGAUUUUAUACUUUUAUAUUCAUCAGCUUCAAGCUAAUUUUCUAUUGGUUAUUUUGUUAUAUAUUUUUUAUUGUAUAAUA